UGUAAAGAGAAAUUGUAAAGACUCACUCCCCAGCCAUGAGGCCUUACUGUCGAAACAUUCACAAAUCCCUGUCUAUCCUUAAACUCCUGGAACCCAUCCCCUACCGAUGGCCAGUCACCUGCCUCAGGUCUCGUACAUCUACACUAUCUCAGAGACUUUACCUCUCCACCCAAACACACUCCUCCUCCCAGCCACAAAUCAGCCCAGAGUCGGUAGAAGUUCUCGGCCGUAUCUAUCCGAGAGAUGACAUGACCAACGUGACGCCUAAAAUUCUUUCCAUGGUGGGACGUCAGCUUCACAACCAGACUCAUCAUCCGCUGUGGAUCAUUAAAGAACGGAUAAAAGAGCAUUUUUACCGUUCGUACACAAGCCGAACAGGAACGCCGAUCUUUUCCGUCCAUGACAACCUCAGCCCGGUUGUGACGGUGGAGCAGAACUUUGACAGCCUUCUCAUCCCCAAAGACCACGCGAGUCGGAAAAAGGGUGACAACUACUACCUGAACCAGACGCACAUGCUGCGCGCGCACACCUCCGCCCACCAGAGGGAGCUAGUGCUCUCCGGGCUCGACCGCUUCCUGGUAGCUGGGGACGUCUACAGGAGGGACGAGAUCGACGCAAGUCACUAUCCCGUCUUUCACCAGAUGGAGGGAGUGCGACUUUUUACCAACCAUGAGUUGUUUGCGCAAGUAGAGAAUGGAGAGGACCUGUCGCUCUUUGAGCGCAGCAGUCGCCGCACGCCGCAGAAGCAGGAGACUCAUACCCUGGAGGCCGUGAAGCUGGUGGAGUUCAACCUGAAACACACCCUCACACAGCUCAUCAGGCACCUCUUCGGGGAAGAGCUGGAGAUCCGCUGGGUGGAGUGCUACUUCCCCUUUACUCAUCCCUCCUUUGAAAUGGAGGUGCGUUUUCAGGGCGAUUGGCUGGAGGUGCUGGGAUGUGGUGUGAUGGAGCAGGAGCUGCUGCACUCAGCGGGUGCAGAGAAUAAAAUCGGCUGGGCCUUUGGCUUGGGUCUGGAAAGACUCGCCAUGGUUCUGUUUGGCAUCCCGGAUAUCCGACUCUUCUGGAGCAAGGACGAGCGAUUCCUGAACCAGUUCCGCCUGACCAACAUCAACGAUCCUGUGACCUUUCAGGCCCUUAGUAAAUACCCACCGCUCUUCAAUGACAUCUCCUUCUGGGUGACAACCGGAGGCUACGUGGAGAAUGACUUCUACGAUUUGGUGCGCAGCAUCGGAGGAGAUCUGGUGGAGAAGGUCACACUCCAAGAUCAGUUCACUCAUCCAAAGACCAAGAAGGUGAGCCACUGUUACCGCAUCGUGUACCGUCACAUGGAGAGAACUCUGAGCCAGGAAGAAGUGCGUCUGAUUCACCAGGCCAUCGAACAGGCAGCUGAGAGAGAACUGGGUGUACAAGGGAGAUUCUGAUUCCUCCUCAGGCUGCAGCCACUCAAAGGCAACAUGAAGAAUGUGAUUUCUCACAGAACGCAUUGUUGUUGGUUGAAAAACUUCGAUAAGGCAGGAGGUCAUCGCUUCAAAGAAACGGCUUGCACAGACUCUACAUUUCAUCGUUUCAUACUCGGCCAUUAACUCACUUCUGGCUGCAUUAUUUGUUGUUAUAAACAAAAAUCUUCUGCUCCCACAUGCACUGUGGACCUUGAUCUCCCUCAUUUUACCAGUUUCAUCACUCUUAUACCGAACACAUGCAGUGUUCUUAAAUCCCUCUUCUCCUGCCGCCUGCAGUAACCUUGCAUCUGAAGCGCUGAGAAGCUGAUCUUAAAUACCUCCAUCACAGCAGCGUGUCGCCCGGAGGGAAAGGCCUUUGAUUUAAUGCAGACAUUCUGUAGUCUCUCUACUCCAGUGGAUUCCAGCCAGCAGGGAAGACCAAAGGAAAAUAGUCAAGAAAGGCUUGCUUUGCACUUAUUUCUUAUUUUGCAUUUCUAAACAAUUAAAUACUUCCAAAAUCUGAUAGCUAACAGGUCCUGUAAUGUAAUGUUAAGUUUUGUAGAGAUUUGGAUGGUUAAUAAUAAACUCAACAUUGGACAAA